CCUGCCGCCCACCUGCCCAUCACCAAAAUGGAGGAGCCCACCAGCCCCACCAUGUCAUCGGACCCCAGCGCCCCACCUGCAGUGCCGCCCCUGCACUCCCCCAAGUCACCGGUGUGGCCCACCUUCCCCUUCCAGCGGGAGGGCAGCCGCAUCUGGGAACGGGGCAACCUCCUGCUGCGGGACCUGCCUAGCCCCCUCCCCACCAAAAGGACCAGGACCUACUCAGCGACAGCGCGUGCCUCCGCUGGACCCAUCUUCAAGGGCGUCUGCAAGCAGUUCUCUCGCUCCCAGGGCCAUGGAUUCAUCACCCCUGAGAACGGCACAGAGGACAUUUUCGUCCACGUGUCUGACAUCGAGGGGGAGUACGUCCCGGUGGAGGGGGACGAGGUGACGUACAAGGUCUGCCCCAUCCCUCCCAAGAACCAGAAGUUCCAGGCGGUGGAGGUGGUCCUCACCAACCUGGCACCCCACACGAAGCAUGAGACAUGGUCUGGCCAGAUCAUUGGCUCCUAG